GUUGGAUGGCAAUGUCUUCGUCGGCGAGACCCCUACCGGCCUCGGCAACGCGCAUCGGACCGGAGAAAUGAGUUGGCCGGAGGCACGCCGCCAAGAGUUCGAAAAGUUCAGACAAAUUUCUGAGCUAGCGCAGGCGCUCAAAGUUCGUUCAAUUAUUAGACCGCCUUUCCCACCUCACCCUCUCUCAUCCUACUCCACUCUUUCCCCCCUUCGCACUUCAUACAUACCGAAAACGCAACCAUGAGUGACGAAGUUUAUGACGGUGCCAUCGGCAUCGAUCUUGGCACGACCUAUUCUUGCGUCGCCAACUAUGAGGGGACCAACGUCGAGAUCAUUGCCAAUGAGCAGGGUAGCUUCACGACCCCCUCGUUUGUCUCGUUCACGAGCGAGGAGCGUCUGAUCGGCGAGGCCGCGAAAAACCAGGCCGCUAUGAACCCAGAGAACACUGUCUUCGACGUCAAGCGUUUGAUCGGCCGACGAUUCGAGGAUGAGACUGUCCAGAAGGACAUCAAGUCGUGGCCCUUCAAGGUCAUCGACCAGGGUGGAAACCCCAUGAUCCAGGUUGAGUACCUUGGUGAGACCAAGGUUUUCUCGCCUCAGGAGAUCUCCGCCAUGGUUUUGGGCAAGAUGAAGGAGGUUGCCGAGACUAAGCUUGGAAAGAAGGUCGAGAAGGCCGUCAUCACGGUUCCGGCCUACUUCAACGACAAUCAGAGGCAGGCCACCAAAGACGCUGGUGCUAUCGCUGGUUUGAACGUUCUGCGUAUCAUCAACGAGCCUACUGCCGCCGCGAUCGCGUACGGUCUUGGCUCUGGGAAGUCCGACAAGGAAAGGAACGUCCUCAUUUACGACCUCGGUGGAGGCACCUUCGACGUGUCCCUUCUCCAUAUCCAAGGAGGCGUGUUCACAGUCAAGGCUACUGCGGGAGACACACACUUGGGCGGCGAAGACUUUGAUCGUAAUCUUAUGGAACAUUUCCAGAAGGAGUUCGUCAAGAAAACCGGAAAGGACAUCAGCGGUGAUGCGCGUGCCCUGCGCCGCCUCCGGACAGCCUGCGAGCGUGCCAAGAGGACUCUCUCCAACGCCACCCAGACUGCUGUUGAGAUCGACUCACUCUUUGAUGGCGAGGACUUCAAUGCUAGCAUAACGCGUGCUCGUUUCGAAGACCUGAAUGCUAAGGCUUUCAACGGCACCCUCCAGCCUGUUGAGCAGGUGCUGAAAGAUUCUGGCAUUGACAAGGCCAAGGUUGACGAGAUCGUGCUGGUUGGCGGCUCUACCCGUAUUCCCCGGAUACAGAAGCUUCUCAGCGACUUCUUUGGUGGCAAGAAGCUCGAGAAGAGCAUCAACCCCGACGAGGCCGUUGCCUACGGCGCCGCGGUUCAGGCCGGUAUCCUUUCUGGCAAGGCCACCUCCGCCGAUACCGCCGACCUCCUCCUUUUAGAUGUUGUUCCCCUCUCCCUUGGUGUAGCUAUGGAAGGGAAUAUAUUUGCUCCCGUAGUACCGCGUGGAACCACUGUUCCUACUCUGAAGAAGCGGACUUUCACCACUGUUCAAGAUGGCCAGCAAACGGUGCAGUUCCCAGUUUAUCAAGGCGAACGGGUCAACUGUGAGGACAACACCUCUCUUGGCGAGUUCACUUUGGCCCCUAUCCCCCCGAUGAAGGCUGGUGAUGCCGUCCUCGAGGUGGUCUUCGAGGUCGACGUCAACGGUAUCCUCAAGGUUACUGCAACUGAGAAGACCUCCGGCCGCAGCGCCAACAUCACCAUCUCGAACGCUGUCGGCAAGCUGUCGUCUACUGAGAUCGAGAGCAUGAUCAAUGAUGCUGCUAAGUUCAAGUCCAGCGAUGAGGCUUUCAGCAAGAAGUUCGAGUCGCGGCAACAACUUGAGUCGUACAUUUCCCGUGUUGAGGAGAUGGUCUCCGAUCCCACCACUUCCAUCAGGCUCAAGCGUGGCCAGAAGGAGAAGAUCGAGUCCGCUCUCAGCGACGCUAUGGCUCAGCUCGAGAUUGAAGAUGCUAGCGCCGAGGAUUUGAAGAAGAAGGAGUUGGCCCUCAAGAGGGUCGUCACCAAGGCUUUCUCCACUCGUUAGAUGUGGCAAUGAAGCAUCGUGUGGUAAAUGAAGUUCUUUGCCAAUGAUGUUGGAAGGAAAAAUUUGGCUGUGGCAUCUGUCUCCCCAUUCUUGUGGGAGAUGCAAGCAAUAGACCGGGAGUUACAUAUCCUUCAGUUUUCCUUCUUUUCCUACGGCUUUUCUCCGGCAUGGUGAGAAAUGGAUGGCUUUCACGGAUGGAAAAGUAUCAUGUAUCUCACUGCUGCGAUACAUGAGCUUCUUAUGAAGCCGGGGCAAGAUAUGACGGCCUUGAGAUUGUGUUUAGAUCUGGGUAAUGGAGUUUGUCCUUUUCUGAUGAAA